AUGGCUAAAAGAAUGUUUGAUGUCUUUAAUAUCAAAAACCAAAAAUUAGUUGUUACUGAUUCCUCGUCAACAACUACACUAGAAUCUGAAAAUGAAGAAUUAAAUAUUGGUUUGGACAUUGAUAAAACUGCACAAAAAAGUGUUGAAAAUAUUGUAGAUAAAAAUGUCAUUUCCGACUUGGGAACUUUAUUAACAGGCCCUGUGCGACCAAUUUUAACAUCAUAUCCACUUACUAAAUUUGGUACACAAAAUCGCGCUUUUAAUCAUAAGCAUUACAUAACAUAUGAAUGGCUUGAAUAUAGUAUAUCAAAAGAUUCUAUUUUUUGCUUUGCUUGCAGAAAUUUUAGUACUGGGAGUAGUGGCAAUUUUGAAGAUAGCUUUCUAGUUGGUUUUAGAAAUUGGAAAAAAGCAAGUGCUUUUUGA